AUGAUUGUGGUUCAGCCUGAUAAGGUUCAGCCUGAUGAGGUUCAGCCUGAUGUGGUUCAGCCUGAUGAGGUUCAGCCUGAUGAGGUUCAGCCUGAUGUGUUUCAGCAUGAUGUGGUUCAGCCUGAUAAGGUUCAGCCUGAUGUGGUUCAGCCUGAUGUGGUUCAGCCUGAUGUGUUGAUGUUUGCAGGAGGAUUCAUUCACCUAGCAGAGGCCAGUCCCCCGCAGGCAGAGGCCAGCCCCGCAGCAGAGGCCAGUCCCCCGCAGGCAGAGGCCAGUCCGCCUAGCAGAGUUACAGUCUGCCCUGUCAGAGGCAGUCCCCCCAGGCAGAGGCCAGUCCCCCGCAGCAGAGGCCAUCCCCCGCAGCAGAGGCCAUCCCCAGCAGAGACCAUCCCCCGCAGGCAGAGACCAGUCCCCCGCAGGCAGAGACCAGUCCCCCGCAGGCAAGGCCAGUCCCCCCCAGGCAGAGACCAGUCCCCCCAGGCAGAGGCCAGUCCCCCGGCAGCAGAGGCAGAGUCCAGUCCCCCCCAGGCAGAGUCCAGUCCCCCAGCAGAGACCGUCCCCCCAGGCAGAGACCAGUCCCCCCAGGCAGAAGCCAGUUCCCCCCCAGGCAGAGCCAGUCGCCCCAGCAGAGGACAGUCGCCCCGAGAGAAUCCGCCCAGCAGUCCCAGCGCAGGGCAGAGCCAUCGCCCUAGGCAGAGGCCAGUCCCCCCAGUCAGAGGCAGUCCCCCGCGCAGAGACCAGUCCCCGCAGGCAGAGUCCAUCUUCCUAGCAGGUCCAGUCCCCCCCAGCAGAGUCCAGUCCCCCGAGGCAGAAGCCAGUCCCCCCCCAGGCAGAGACCAGUCCCCCCCAGGCAGAGCCAGUCCCCCCCAGGCAGAGGCCAGUCCGCCCCAGGCAGAGGACCAGUCCGCCCCAGGCAGAGAGACCAGUCCGCCCAGGGCAGAGUCCAGUCUGCCCUUAGCAGAAUCCCAGUCUCCCCAGCAGCGGCCUAGAUCCCCCCCGCAGCAGAGACCAAGUCCCCGCAGCAGAGGCCCAGUCCGCCCUAGGCAGAGUUCAGUCUGCCCUAGGCCAGAGGCCCAGUCCCCCGCAGGAGAGGCCAGUCCCGCCGCAGGCAGGAGGCCAGUCCCCCGCAGGCAGAAGGCCAGUCCCCCCAGGCCAGAGACCAGUGCCCCCGCAGGCAGAGACCAGUCCCCCCGCAGGCAGAGGCCAGCCACCCCAGGCAAGACCAGUCCCCCCCAGGCAGAGGCCAGUCCCCCCACAAGGCAGAGACCAGUCCGCCCCAGGCAGAGUCCAGUCCGCCCUAGGCAGAGUCCAGUCUGCCCUAGGCAGAGUCCAGUCUGCCCUAGGCAGAGGCCAGUCCCCCCCAGGCAGAGGCCAGUCCCCCGCAGGCAGAGACCAGUCCGCCCCAGGCAGAGGCCAGUCCGCCCCAGGCAGAAGCCAGCUCCCCACAUCCUAUUUUAG